GCGUUAUCCAUCAUCAUGAUGGCCAUUGUCCCCUUGAAGUCUGUCCACUUUUAAUUCGUCUGAAGAUUCGCCUCCAAUCCUCCCUCAAAAAACAUAUACCAUAUAUGCUGUGGUAUAGCCAUGCUGCUAGACAUAUCCGCUCUCUAACGAACGAACCAAAUACCCGUGAAUUGUUUCCGCCCUGCUCCAUCCACUUACCCACACUUCACAUCCACCGCGAUCACCAUGGCGCCUCAAACACCCGCUCAAUCCAAAGCCCCGUUAAAAGUCCUCAUGCUACAUGGAUACACUCAAUCAGGACCUCUAUUCCGCGCUAAAACCCGCGCGCUGGAAAAGCAUCUCAAAAAAUCUUUCCCCCUCCAUGCCAUCACUCUCUCGUACCCAACAGGACCCCUCCACCUAUCCCCUUCAGACAUCCCAGACUUCCAACCCUCCUCCACCGCAAGCACAGAGGCCAAUGAUGCCGACCAACCCGAGUGUUAUGCAUGGUGGCGACGCUCCAGCACAGCUAACCCACCAGAAUACGUCGGGCUAGAUGAGGGCUUUGAAGCCGUCGCACGCGUGCUGGCUGAGGAAGGACCCUUCGAUGGCGUUUUUGGAUUUUCACAAGGUGCAGCUUUCGCGGCAAUAGUGGCUAGCCUACUCGAGCCGGAACGGAAAGCUUCUUUCAAGUACUUUGCCGAUAUAAAGCGUAAUAGUAAUACCCCUGUCCUUCCCUCUGAUGCUGGGGAUCCCGCCACAGGCAUCGCGUUCCCGGCGUCUUUUGAAAACCUGACACAUCCACCUUUUAAAUUCGCGAUAUGUUAUUCCGGCUUCAUUGCUCCGGGCGCACGGUAUCGCGCCUUCUACGAGCGGCCGAAGAUCCAGACGCCCGUGCUGCACGUGCUGGGGAGUUUGGACGCGAUUGUCGAGGAGGCGAGGAGUAGGAUGUUAAUUAGCGCUUGUGAGGGCGAUGCGGAGAAAGAAGGGAAGGUUAUCUGGCAUCCUGGUGGGCAUUUUCUCCCUAGCCAGAGACCGUAUUUGGAUGCGGCAGUUAGGUUUAUUAGGGAAUGUCUGGAACAGGUCGAUAAACAGACAGGAGAUGGGCUAGAAGAGAAAGUGGAGGAUAUGGAGAUGCCGUUUUAAAUAUCGUAAUUUUCGGUAGGGGUGUGUUGUGGGAUACCAUUCAUGUUGCGUUUGGAGGAUGACUGAUGACUUUCUCACGACGAACUAGACAUGCGGUCACAGUGCGAAUUAAAUAGAUAGACAUAGAACCGGCGUUGCAUACCCGCUAGAAUUAGAAGUACGAAUACUAACCCGAGGCCAUGGCCCAAACAGCUGAAAUACUUAUGCGUAUAUAUCCGCAGCGGAUACUAUUCCUUCCUCUCUACGAAGCUAUGAGUAUUAAAUCCAACGACAACUUCCAUUAAUUAGAAGGCUAUCUUGAGGGAGUACUGUGUUAUUGUACAUUCAUUUUUACGCAGGACCAAAGAAUGAAUAUUCACCAUACACAUGACGAGAAGAAACCCACGUAGAUAAAGGAACAGAGAGAACUUCUAGCCUAGCGAGCCUUGGCCUUGGAAGUCGCCCGUUCCGCCUUAGAUGGAAGGAUACGGGCCAUCAUCUCUUCCUUAGUAAUCAAGUGGUCAAUCCGCUCGAGCAAGCCCAGCAAGCUCUUCAUAUUGCUACUCCACUCAUUCAAUACAUCAUCAGCAUCCCGUGGUUUGGCGAAAUCCACGAUUCUAGCCGGGCGGUCUAUCUUUGCAUAAACAGUCUUGGAAGUGACGAGGUCAGAAAUGUACUUUUCGGUCUCUUCCUCGUUGAGGUCAAGCAGCUCUGUGAGACGGCCCAUUUGGAUGCGAGUGUAGUAUUUGGCAACGACGCGGACAUUGUGCUCAAUAACGCGCUUGCGCAGGUCUUGCCAUCGGGUGUGUGCCUUGUUGUCAGUUGAUGGGUUUGUUUGGGCAUCAAAAACGUCGGUACUGCAAAGGUGUGGCCCGAAUUGCUCCGCAACCAUUGGCCAUCGCAUCAACUCGUUUAUCGUGAAGAGCUUGAGAAGGCGCGCUUCAACGGGGACAAGGGAGUUUCGGGAAUCUGUUUGGAUGCGGUGAAUGAGGUCCGAUUGCUCGUUGUCAUAAGGCGAAAGCACGACAUAGUAUAUGAUACGUUGAAGUGUCUAUGAUGCCGUUAGUCGUUGCCAACGUAUGUAUAUGCAUGCCAAAGGAACCAUCAAACACUUACCGCGCGUAGCUGCUCUGGGUUCUCUUCAACGGAUUCGGUAUCAAGAACCUGUCGGUAAUGCUUGCAAACGUCCAAGUACUUAUUCUCGUUGUUUGCGAGCAUGAUCUGUUGCUCGUAAUACCUCAACUUCAAGUCUGUCACAUCCUCUUCCUUCUCUAUUGGUGGAUCAUCAGGCUUCCGGUUUCUUUCCCGCUCUUCCAACUCCUUUUGUUGUUUCUCAAUCUGUUCCGGAGUCUUCUUCGGUUUCCGCGCAAAGUAUUUUGUGCUAAUCUUGCGACUUAAUAUUCCAGCCUGUGUCCAGUCCCCUUUAGCUAUACAGAGAGCUACCUGUUCCAGAAUGAACUCAGUCUUCUCUCUCCGGGUCAUUGAUCCAAAUGUCUCCACUUGUAACUCGCAGAGAAUGUCCACAGCGCUGGCGAGGUCGCCUUGAGACUUCUUGAUAUCCGAUAGAAUACGUGUAACUCUAGCUCUCUCCACUUCGACGAAGAUCUAUAUACUCGACAGAUCAGCAAGAACCCAGCCAAACUAGAUUGGAGGUCGUGACAAACCUUGCCCUCAGUAACAGUCCUUAAAGUUUCGAUCAAUGUCAUCUUCUCCUCCAUAUUCGGAGUUUGAUCGAUGAAUCCCAUUACAGCCUGCACCAUCUUCG